CUGAGAAUGUGGAAACUCAACAAGAGCGGCAAAGUUCUCCUGGACAAUUCUCCAGAGGAGGAAGAAAGCCAUUUGCAUGAUUCACCACCUCCACCUUCACCAGCGGCCACCUUUUCAGCCCAGAGCAAGGAUCCAUUUCUUCAUGAUGAAGUUUCAUCCUCCGUUUCACAACUUUCAACAAAGGUUCAAGGAGCAGGUUUUCGGGGCUGGAAGGAAGUAACCUCUGUAUUCAAUAAGGAUGAUGAGCAGCAGUUGCUAACAGGAUGUAAAUCUCCAAAAUCUAAAGGAGCAAGUUUAAAAUUAAAAGAGGACAUGAAGUCAGAAAAGAAACCUGGAUUUUGGGACAAUUUGAUGAUCAAACAGAACAUCCAGUCAAGGAAACCAGAUGAAAUUGAAGGCUGGGAGCCUCCGCAGAUUCCUGCCAGUGACCACCUCAGCGAUGCAGGAGAUACUUUAAGUGACUAUUCGUCUUGGUCUGGCUGGGAAGAUGAAACCAAAGGCUCCACAAAAUACACAAACCUGGCAAGCUCGGCUAACAGUUCAAGGUGGAGUAUCAAAUCUGCAGGAAGAUUGGUUAGCAUUAGGCGACAGAGCAAAGGUAAUCUGACUGAUAACUGGGAAGAGCUAGAAUGAUACACAGAAUGUGUAACGUUCUGUACAUUUAUGAUGGGCAACAUGAUUCAUGUAUGUCUUCAAACCAAAAUCAAAUCUGCUUAAUAUUGCACCUUUUUACAGAGCUAUUGUUCACUUUACUAUAAAUGCCCUGGUACUUUGGUUUUCCACACUGAACAAAGCACCUGAUUUGUGCCUCUAUUUCACUCAGUUGUACUGGAUAGUAUCUUGUUUUGCUCUUUUUAAAAAUAGUGAA